UAAAAAAAGGAAAGGAAAAGUAAAAAUCGCUGAGAAGCGGAGUCGAGAAACUUCGAAGGAAGUUUCCGAUUUCUCGUUGCCUAAUAAUGAUACGAUUGGAUUUUAGGUACCUUUUAUAGACUUUGGGUUUGUCUCCUUAUUCUCUCUCUGUCUGUCAAAGGCUUUAGCUUCAUCAAAAGACUAAGGCAAAAAUAAUAGGUCAGGUCAGGUUGAUUGGGUAGCAAUUUGGAUAUUAGAUAAGAGAUGGCAAGUGGGAUUGGUGAAUCAACUAGUCUGCCCCCUGAAAGUUCAUCCUUUUCAGGAAAUAAUAAUAAUAAUGCUAAUGAUGCGGGUGAUUUUGAAUGCAAUAUUUGUUUUGAAUUAGCUCAAGAUCCUAUUGUAACCCUUUGUGGUCAUCUUUUUUGUUGGCCUUGCUUGUAUAGAUGGUUACACCAUCAUUCACAUAGCCAUGAGUGUCCAGUUUGUAAGGCUCUUAUACAAGAAGAAAAGUUGGUUCCUCUUUAUGGUAGAGGUAAAACACAGACUGAUCCUCGAUCGAAAUCUUAUCCUGGUGUUGAUAUUCCUAGACGCCCGUCUGGACAAAGACCUGAAACUGCUCCUCCCCGUCCGCCCCCUGAAGCUAAUAAUUUUGCCAAUUAUGGGUUUGGAUUGAUGGGUGGUUUUGUACCAAUGGCGACUGCUAGGAUUGGUAACUUCACUUUGUCAACUGCUUUUGGUGGUCUAUCGUUAUUUCCUUCCUUGUUCAACAUUCAAUUUCAUGGCUUCCCGGAUGCUACAGUAUAUGGGACAACAUCUGGUUUACCGCAUGGGUUUCAUGCCUUCCAUGGUGGACACGCCCAUGGAUUUCCCCAGCCAAUGAGUCGUGGACAGCAUGCUGAUAAUGUUUUGAAGAAUCUUCUCUUGUUGAUUGGUGUCUUGGUGGUUCUUGCUUUGCUUUGGUGGUAAAUCAAUCAUUUGCCACUUGAAUUUGAACUGGUAUUAGUCGAUUUUUAGCCGUUGUUUUGUCUGUACAUACAGUAUUUUGCUUUCCUGAUUCCUUUUGUUCUUGAAAAAGAUGUUAAUACCAUACUUUCUUGAUUCUGUAGUCAUUAAAACACAUUCUGGUGGAUUUAAUAUUUUUUGAGAUUGCGUGCA